GAGUACAAGACUCGCGAGACCAUCUACCUCUCGGCACUGGUCAAUCAGGAGGCCGAGAUGAGCCAACUAAGGGGUCUCGCCAGCGAGAUUCUCGGUGCUUUCGGCGACCAGUCACUGGCCACAAAGAGAGGUGCCCUGGCAGAUUCCACUGCGAACAUGGAGGUGCUCAUGCUUCGGCAGCAGGCACGGGCCAAGGAGCAUCGACUCAACCAGCUGAAAGAUGAUGUGGAGGCCAACCGCUUUGAUCAGAGCAACACGGACGGGAAGGCCUUGAUGCAGAAGUGCAAGGCGCUCCUAAGCGAAAAUCGGGAGCUCGGCGAGUUGAUGCGAGAGGAGCGUUUGGCGGACCUUCGCGUGGCCUUGCAGAACGAGCAGAGGAAAAAUGCGGAGCUCCAGCAGAAGUGCGAGGAGGCCGUCGAGUUCUGCAAAGAGCUCGGCCAGGACAGCGAGAAGCUGCAGGCGAGCAUGGCGAAAGUUGCUGGCGAUCUGCUGCAGGCCAAGAACGAGCUCGAAAUGCUCAGAAGACAACGCCACGAAGCGCGCGUGCACCGUAAACAGGCAAAGCUCCAGCGGCAGCAGGCGGAGCGCUUGGCAGCAGAGGUUCAGUCGGACUUGGCGGGAGUGGAGGCCUGCUUCAUUUGGCUUGUUUAA